AUGCCUUCAGUUAAGAACGCUCUCAUCCUUUUACUUGGUCGAGCUCUUCUUGCCGCUGGUAACCCAGUGGAUGGUGAGAGAGUUGUGAAGCGACAGUGCCCAGGUAUUCAUGUCUUCGGUGCUCGUGAAACGACUGUAGGCCCGGGAUAUGGCUCCUCCGCUACGGUUGUGAACUUGGUCAUCGCCGCCCAUCCCGGAACUACAUCCGAGGCAAUUAGCUACCCAGCUUGCGGCGGUCAGGCUUCUUGUGGUGGCAUCAGCUAUGCUAAUUCAGUUGUGGCUGGUAUCAACGCUGUGGUCACGGCGGUGAACAACUUCCACAACUCCUGCCCAGACACUCAGCUGGUGUUAGUUGGAUACUCACAGGGCGGCCAAAUCUUUGAUGACGCGCUUUGUGGAGGAGGCGACCCUGGUGAGGGUUACCCUAAUACUGCUGUUCCGCUGUCUGCUGGAGCAGUCUCUGCCAUCAAGGCUGCAAUCUUUAUGGGAGAUCCUCGAAACAUUCACGGACUGUCAUAUAAUGUCGGAACCUGUACCGCUCAGGGUUUCGACCCACGCCCAGCUGGCUUCGUUUGCCCUAGCGCGUCCAAAAUCCAGUCAUACUGUGAUGCACCAGACCCAUACUGCUGCAAUGGAAACGACGCGAACACUCACCAAGGUUAUGGCCAGGAGUAUGGCCAGCAAGCCCUCGCUUUUAUCAACAGCAAGCUCUCCUCGAGCGGUACUCCGAGUGGCACUCCGACCUCGAGACCCGUCGCCUCCAGCACUGGAAGCUCUCCCAGCGCAACUCAGACUCAUUAUGGACAGUGUGGUGGUAUCGGAUACGUUGGCCCCACGCAGUGUGCUGCCGGAUUCACUUGCCAGGUCCUGAACUCAUACUACUCUCAGUGCCUGUAA